AUGGCCCUAGGCACAAACCUCCCCUUCUGGCCCGCCAUUGUCUUCGUAUACUUCGAGUCCACUUCUAUCCUAAUCGGCGUCUACCUCGCAUCAUCUACCCCCGCAGACUUCAUCUCGCGCCAACUCCCCGUGCCCCCGACUCACCCGCUCCCUCCCCACGCCCUCAUCGUCUCCGCCUCCAUCGCAAACAUGUUUCUUGUCCAGUGCAUGCUAUCCCUCCUCUUUACCGUCGUCACGCGCGAGUCCAAGUUGACAAAGUACUAUCUCGCGGCCGCGUCGGUGGGGGAUUUGGGCCACAUGUGGGCGAAUUAUCGGUACAUGGGAAGCGAGGUGUUUUGGAACUGGAGGGGGUAUAACGACAUGAUGUUUGGGAAUGUGGUGAUUAGUGCGGUGUUCUUGGUGAUGAGGGUAGGGACGUUGAGGGGGUGGUUUGGGACGAUUGGCAGGGGGUUGUAA